AUGAUGUGUAUUAUAUUUAUUUAUUAUUUUAGAAUGUGAAAUUUGUUCAGAAUGGUAUCAUCUUAAAUGUUUAGGAUUUUUGAGUACUGUAGAAGAUGCCCAGAAUAUUUAUUUCUAUUGUUUUAGAUGUGAAUAGAAAUUAAAUCGAGAAUAAACCAAAUAUAUCAAAAGAUAUAAAUAAUAUUUUGCAGAUGCUACAUUUCGAGAUCUAAAAUUAAAGAUAGGAAUGUCCCCUCAUGAAUUAAGAGCUCAUGAAAAAAAGAAUUAUAAAUAGUUGUCUAAAUGA